GCAUGCAGAGGAACAAUUAGAAAGAUGGAGACAUGCACUGGAAAGGAGAGGAAUGAAGAUUAGUCGGACUAAAACAGAAUAUAAGUGCGUGAAUGAGAAAGGUGGAGGGGGAAGUGUGAGGCUACAGGGAGAAGAGAUAGCGAGGGUGGACGACUUCAAAUAUUUAGGGUCAACAAUCCAGAGCAAUGGUGAGUGUGGUAAGAAAGUGAAGAAACGGGUCCAAGCAGGUUGGAACAGCUGGCGAAAGGUGUCUGGUGUGUUAUGUGACAGAAGAGUCUCUGCUAGGAUGAAGGGCAAAGUUUACAGAACUGGAGUUGGAAGAAAUGAACAUGUUGAGGUUCUCGCUCGGAGUUAGCAGGUUGGAUAGGAUUAGAAAUGAGCUCAUUAGAGGGACAGUCAAAGUUGGAUGUUUUGGAGACAAGAUUCGAGAGAGCAGACUUCGAUGGUUUGGACAUGUUCAGAGGUGAGAGAGUGAGUAUAUUGGUGGUAGGGUGCUGAGGAUGGAGCUGCCAGGCAAAAGGGCGAGAGGAAGACCAAAGAGAAGGUUUAUGGAUAUGGUGAGGGAAGACAUGAGGGCAGUUGGGGUUAGAGAGGAAGAUGCAGGAGAUAGGCUAAGAUGGCAAAAGAUGACAUGCUGUGGUGACCCCUAACGGGACAAGCCGAAAGGAAAAGAAGAAGAAUUAUUCCUUGGCAUCAACUGACCCAAACCUUCAUAUUGUGAUAAAAAAGACAAAAAAAAAAAAGAUUUCUCACCUUAUUUGAUAUGGGAAACUGCUGGUGCAUGCCCGAAAAUGACACCAGAUUUUAGCGUAUGUACAGGAGCUAGUCUUGUUACGUUAUACGGUUAAACUUACUAACGCUAGAUAUAUGAGAUAAACCUCAUGUUACAAAAGUUUGAUGGAUGAUACAAAUAUAUUGCUUCCCUUCCCUGUAUAUGACCGCAUAUGUCUCAUCUAUUUUUCUAUAUCUACUCAUCUUCGCGCUCGGUAAAGGGGAACUAGUAUUGUCACGAAAGCCGCUACCGCUUUAUUUCCUGCAUUUUAUUGUGAAAGCGCACAAGCGGACGUGUACUACUGCGGUACUGCUGCUCGGGUCUCGUGGUGAGCGUUCUGAUUCCUCAGAUGCUCGUUUGCUCGCCUGCGGAGCGGACGUGUAUGAGUGUCCCGCACCGUCGUUCUCCCCGGUUCCUCUCCGCGGAUUCUUUUCGGAUAUCUCCCGCUACUUUGGCGGCAUCUUUUUGGACGAUAUUACUCGUCUGACGGUGUGCACCGAUGCCGAGAGAUGGGGAAACUGCACUCGAAACAUGCCGCUAUUUGUAAAGCGAGGGAGAGCCCGGAAGGCGACAGCUUUGUAGUCAGUGCCUGUUUGGCUCGGAAAGGACUGGACGACUGGCUGGUGAAGCAUCAGGACUGUCCUCUCAAGACCAAGUGCCCGUUGACCACCCGGGACUCAAUAAAUGAAGCUGAGCGGAUAGGUGAUGAGCACUACCGCUUAGAAGUGGCUCUGCCCCCGGAGAAGACGGACAGCUGCUGCCUGGAGGACAAGAUGAUGCAGGAGCGGGACGGCCAAUCCCUUGGGGGGACCCACAAGCAGCUCCAGUUUGAAGAGCUGGAGUGCGCUGUCUCCAUGGAGGAGGAUAACCGACAGGAGUGGACGUUCACCCUCUACGACUUUGACAACAACGGGAAAGUCACCAGAGAGGACAUUACCAGCCUCCUCCACACGAUCUACGAGGUAGUGGACGCCUCCGUCAAUCAUUCACCCAGUAACAGUAAGACCUUGCGGGUCAAACUGUCGGUGGCUCCAGACUCCAGCCAGCGGUGGAGGAGUUGCGCCCAGGCCACAGAUGCGUCCCACCCCAAGGAGAGAAAUGACAAGUGCGCCGAAGACCCCAAGAGUGCUGAGAAGAAAAGUCGAGCGGUGAUAAGGCGCCACCACAGCGACCAGCACAGUCAUGCCCCGUCGGGCUGCCAGCGCCAUUGCGUGGACGAGAACCUGGAGCGACGGAACCACUACUUGGACUUGGCCGGUAUAGAGAAUUACACGUCCCGCUUUGGAGCCGCAACUACAGAGCAGCCUAAGGCAGAACCCCAUGCCCGGUCUUCCAACCAGACCCGUUCUCGAUCCCACGAACCAGAAAACAGCCACUCGCAUCAACCGCCGCCCCACCACCACCGCCGCUUGCAGGCCAUCACUGACGCCAGCCCUCCCGAGGGCCACCACCCUGGCCGGACGCGAGGCCAAGACUCCGCAAAAGCCGCGGUCCGCUCCCCCAAGACCCACAGCCGCACGCCACCCGCUCAGCUCAGCAGUCGGGUGAUGCGGAGCAGGGGUCUGCCCGCUCCCCCAGUGCUCCCCAGCCAGACGCCCCCUCACCAGUCGGCCGCCCCUUACCGCAAGCACAAGCAGCGCUCCAAGGACCAUCAGGGAUUCCGGGCGCUCGGCACUCUGGUCGGGUCCGGGGUGGAGAAGGAGCAGGUGAGGGAGCUUCCCGGGGUUCUGCUCUAUGAGGGCCGGCUGGCGCAGGUCGUGCAGCGGCAUGAACACCACCACCACCACGAACACCACCACCACUACCACCACUUCUACCAGUCCUGAAUGCCUGUGACCCACGAUGGGUUUCUCGACGGAAGUACUGGGUCGAACCCCCCACUAGCAACAUGUCUACCACUUUGGAACUAUUGUAAAAAGUCUUUGAAACAGGAAGUGGGGCUGGACCCGUGUAGUCAGAUUGGGAUUAGAGUACCACUACCAGCUCCACAAACAACACCACUGCUACUGCCAGUCCUAAUCUCCUGUCCAACUUUUUGACCCUAGGGGGGCUUCCUUGACACAGGUAGUGGGGUAGCACUAGCGCACCAUGACAAGCACCACCACCUCUACUUUUCCUUCUACUAUUCUCACUUCUCAUCCUGUUUUACAACCCUUUGGGGAGUCACCACCAUGACCGUGGUGGUGACUUCUACCAGUCCACCUGGGACCCUUUCAAGUCUUACUUGAGACAGGAAGUAGAGGUGGCACUCUCCACUAGGAAGACUUCCAAUAGCCCAGAAUAGCUGCCCCACUUUAACACCCUUGGGGAGCUUCUUCUACAUAAGAAGUGGGGUGGACCAAGCUAGCGGGGGUGGUACUAAAACAGCACUAGUCUUGAACGGCUACAUAGCUUAGGGCACAUUCUGGAAUUUCUAGAACACAGGAAGGUACUCCCACCACAGCCCCUUCCCCCACUUCUACCAGUCCUGAACGGGGACCUUUUGGGAGCUUCUCCAAUAAAGCAAGACCAAGUGGAUUCACUAAAGUACCACUGCCAGCAGUUCUACGAGUUGAAUUGCUCACCUGGUCUGGGAACCAUUGGGAAGCAUCCUCAACACAGGAAGUGGGGACCCAAGACGGUGAUCCAGAAGUCAGGGGGAUCAGGAUAUGUGUAAUACAAGAUAAAUUUGUGUUGCGACCAGAUUACAGGAUUUAGGACCACUGUACAGAGAAGGAUCAUGGCAGGAGGACCUCCCCACACCCAGCAGUCUAGUGCCCUUUUUACAUGGAUGCGGCACCGAGGGUGGUUCAGUAAUGGGCCCAACCCAGAAGAACCUUUCUAAACCACUAAGCCAAGAGCCCAAAGCAGGACUGUGAUGUAAAGCUCAACAUAUUAUGAAGGAAGCAGUGUGUGCGUGUCGCAACACUGGUCGGUCUCGCUUGAAAACUCUUUUAAGGCCGCGCAAGUAUUUAAACUGGAAAAUGAAGAAUCCCAUUUGAGUGUCCCUUAAUGUUGGAAAGAAAAUGGAAGGAAAAAAAAAUCCCAAAUCUGCUGCUACCUCUAAUUUAAUCCUCAUUUUCACUUUUUUCAUGUAUAUUUUUUUUUCCAAUCUGCAGUAGCGCUCCUUACGUUGACUAACUGACUGUAUAUAAGGUACAUAUCUAUCUAUCUAACUAUCUAUAUUGCUAUGAAUUUUAUAAGCUUUAUUGCUUCUGUGACAUCUUUGCGUCGAUGCUGUAAAACUCCGUUUUUGUUUCCAAUUUUUAUGACUGUGCAAAGCCUCGUUUUGUAUUCCGGUGACACGCGCUCUCUCUCUUCGUGUCUGUCUGGUUCCGUCUCACACGGCCAUCUCAACAAUGUUAUCCAAACAUGAUCACUUGUUUGUCUUCCUAUUUUUUUAACGCCCGUAUAAAUUAAAAUCCCAACUCUCUGCUGUGGUCAGCAAAUGGUUGCUUGAUUCCAGGUAACACCGUAAAGAGAAGAGUGGAAAAAUAUUUUCUGAAAUAAAGACAACUAAAUAGAUUAGCCUGGGCCUGUCUGCAGUUCAAUAUUAAAACAUUUUAGUUUUUUUCUGUGGAGCCUUCGCUCAGCUAUUCACUGCAAAAUUUUCCUAUUUGCUGUUCCAGGCACAUUUUUUCUGCUUUCUUUAUCACCGUAACAUGCCACAAGAUGGUGGCCGACCGUUAGCUCGUAGGAAAGUAGUAAUUGGUGUCAUGGAAGUAUGUGAAAGAGAUAAUAACUCCACUGUUCUAAGAUCUUUGUGUGCCGGGGAGGAGCUAUUAUGAGCAAAAAGUGUGUGUGUUUGAAAAAUAAACAAGUGUUUUGAUUUGCUGUGAUUGCUGUUAACUGUUCUUAAAAUAAAAUUAAAGAAAUGUUUUUUAUUGAUGAGGAAAAA